GACUCAAAAUGGCGGUUGAUUAAGUAAAAAGUAUUUAAUAAUUUGCGGUAUUUUUUUAUUGUAUUUACUGUUUGUUGGAAAUGGGGGCUCAACAGUCUUCCAGACGCGUUACUGUAAACAAUGAAGAUGAUGAUACAAUAGGGGUCGUUAAGAUUUCAGAAUCUCUUCUGCAUGAAGAUAAAGAAAAGCCAGCAAAAUCUCAGGAGAAUUUCACCGCAGAGGAUGUGAAGAAGCUUUAUGAUGAAUUGGUAGAGAAAAAAAGAGAACUGGAUGAGCAACAGGAAAGAAUUGAUGACCUUCUUCAAGAUGCCUUUCAGCAGGGAAGAAAUGAGGGGAACAGAAAUACACCAUCAUUUGUUGAUGAAAACUUGCGCAAAACUUUAGAAGAUAAGGAACGAGAGUUUGAUGAAAUAAGAAAAAAAACUCAAUUUUACCAGCAAGAACAACUUAAGAAGAGUGCUGAGGCUGAACGAGAGGUUUUGAAAGAAUUUGAUAAUGCCAUAAGUGAAAUGCAAGGCAAAUAUAGUGAGAAAAAAGUGGAGCCUGUCUGUACAUCAUUGCAACAUCAUGUUGUAGACUGUUAUCUGGAAAAUAAAAACUCAUCAUUAAAAUGUUCCCAGCUAGUUAGGGAUUAUGUGAAUUGUGUUGAGCAGAGCAGAAAGUCAAUGUCACAGACACAAGCUGCUUUCUAAAAGACCAAAGAAAUUGACUGCUAAGUGCACAGUCAUUUCUGUGAUGAUGGUUGAAGUUGAAAUGUUUCAACAUUGCACCUAAGCUGGAAGGUAAAUCCUCGGUUUGGCCCUUCCUUUUACACAGCACCCCUCCCUCCCCACACAUCUCAAAAAUUGAUUUAAACUUUCAUGAAAAUGAAUGUAUUUAUCGCAAAUAAAUAACGAGAGCUCAGCGGAAUCGAGGAUUUACCACAUUGCUUUCAUUUUCAAAUUCUUGCAAUGAGUAUAUCGAAAUAAAAGUCUU